AUGGAGAAAGAGGGGAAUGUCGCACUUGAGUCAUCAGCUUCGGGCGAUGGUUACACUGUACACAUUAGUAAUAUCCCAUCAAGGGUUGAUGAAUCUUCACUAGAAAGUGUUAUGGGUCAUUUUGGGAAAGUUCGCAAAUGUAGACUAAAACUGGGUUAUAGACAAGACAGUCCCGCAGAAGCAUGGGUUGUUUAUAAAGAUGAAUCUGAGCUCAUAUCUGCGCUAAAAGCAGAUGGAAAAUUAGAUUGUGGCGGCUGCGUCCUUAAAAUAUCAAAAUGGAACGGACCAAUUCCUUCAGAAAACGCAGGAUCAAAAAGAACACUUACAGAAGCGUCCACAUGUCAAGAUUCGUGUUGGUUUUGCCUCUCUAAUACAAAAUGUGAAGUACACAUGAUUUCUUAUGUUUCCAAACACUGUUAUGUUGCGAUUGCAAAAGGGGCCAUAUCUAGUAUGCAUACACUAGUAACACCAAUAUAUCACUUCCCUUCGGCGGCAUCGGCUCCAAAGGAUGUGCAAGAUGACAUGCAAAAGAUUGUCGAUUGUCUAAUGGAUGUCGCACUAAAAUCUGGAAUGGGUGCAAUUGCAUUUGAAAGAUACGUUCCAAUGAGUAUGAAAGUGGCUAUGCAUACACAAAUCCAAGUUAUUCCCGUACCAUUGGAGUUGUCUAUGCAAUCCUUCGACUACGUAGAUAGAGCUGAUUCAUUCGCUGACGCAAAUAGAAUUGAUCUUGACGCAAGUGAUGAACCGAGCUUUAACUGUUUGUCAUCAAAAAUCAUGGGACUAGGUCAGUCUUAUCUCUAUUUACAGGCUGUUGGAAAGCUCAAUGGCAAACUGACCUAUUCCAGAAGUUUGUGGAUCCUAAACAGGAAAAGUGGAUUAAGAAUUCUCCAAAAUUUUGGGAGAGAAAUUGCUCUAUCGCUUUUGUCUGAUAGUGACGUGCAAGCCAUACCAAGCCUAAACAAGGCUGUCCAAGAGACGCAUUUGGCACCAAGACAAGCGGCAGCUGAUUGGCGCAAUUGUAUCGCAACAAAAGAGGAUGAAGAAUCAUUCGCAAAGAAUCUUACAAAAUCUAUUUUAAGUCUUUAA